AUGCCACGGAGACCCACGCCUGCGGAAAAGCAGCGGGUGCGAACUGGCUGCCUCACCUGUCGCAGGCGGCGGAGAAAAUGUGAUGAAGGGAAACCGCGAUGUGCCAACUGCGAAGUCAAGGGCUUUGCAUGCAAGUACAGGACUGAUCUUGCAUUUGUGUCCCCGCAAUCGGCAAGGGGGACCCCCGCGACGACACGGCAGUAUAGCAGGAUCACUUUUGUUGACGACUCUCCUGCUGCGGCGAAAGGAAGAAAGUGUCAGCGAGAGGACUCUGGGUCUGCGAACCCUGAUGACCUAGCUGAAGGUGAUGUAGACCUGCUGAGUGACACAGUACUACCAGAUGCGUCUGAGACCCCCACUGCGCCGCUUGACCGUUAUCAUGACUCGCUCAGCUUGCGUCGCGCACCUGAUCCGAGUCAAGGGCGAACGCAUCCAAUACAGGACUGUCUAGAUGUCGCACCAGGGAGUCAAUCAUCGCAACGAGGGCCCAUCCCAGAAAACAGUAACACUGAAAUCGACCUGCUGCGGCAUUUCCGCUACCACAUCGGGCCCUGGAUUGACCUUGGUGACCCCGACUGUGCGCUUGGAGUUCAGACUGUGCUUCUUUCUAGAACCCAUAGGCCCUUGCAGGCUGCUAUUUUGGCUCUGUCAUCUAGCCAGAGAGCGCUGUUGGCUCAAUCACAACGGGAUGAGGAUACCGUUCGCAGCCGCCACUUCCGCAAGGCCGCAGAGGAGAUAUUAGUUUUACCAGGCCUAACGGGGCACGCUGGACGAGCAUUGAUUCUUAUACAAGAACUUCUUCCUUUGGGCCUGCUACAGUGGAGAGACUACCUUACUCCUCAGCUCGGUCCUUUCGGGAAGACACUCCCAUCACCAACUUCGUUGAGUGAGGCAUUAGGUGAUGCGGUCUUCUGGUUUCUGUUCCGACUUGACAUUGCUUCCUCGAUUGCAACGAGUGAGCCGCCUAUCAUUCCCUUUCGUCACUUUCUGAAUCGCGACGGAUUGCCAAUUCACCCACCGCAAAUGCAACAUCAAACCCUCUCCAUUAACCGAGUGUAUAAACAUGCACUAUGUCUAUUAGGACAUGGUCUGGCGUUAAUAUAUGGAGACCCCAGCGUGUCUACCCCAGAAGCGGGCAGAUCCGAAUCGACUUCGUUUCCCACCCUACAGCAAUCCCAAUUCCUCUCGCAGUGGACCUUCCUGUGGACAGACUGUCAGAAAUGGUACAGCGAGCGCCCCAUCGAUGCGCAGCAAAUUGUCGAUAUCCGCAGCGAAGAAGCGGAUCAGAUAGACCCAGAGCACAAGUCGUCGUUUCCCAUUCUUAUCUAUCCAACACCGAUGGCGCUGGCCGCCAACGCAGUGUACCACGUUACUUCAUUCCUCUUGCUGACGCAUAAACCUCGACUUUUGAAGGCACUGCCCGGCCCACGAUACCUAACCUCGCACAUCUGGCAUGCGCAGUGCAUCGCGGGGAUCGCGGCCAGUAACGAUUCCCCAGAGCAAUGGGAUCCGGUCUUUGUCGCUAGUAUUUUGCUGGUGGCACGGGGAAUGACGCAUGUGUCUCAGCACACAGUGCUCUUAGAUCGACUGCGAAAAAUUACGUCGACAACGGGGAUCAAUUUGACCCGAGAGAUAGAGGAGCUCCAGUCAGUGUGGAAGGUUGCCCGGUAUGAUGCGGAGUGGGAUGAACAGGAUUGUAUAUAG